GUCAGUUUUGGUGAAGGGGGAUCAGGUCAAGAGGAAUCUGGUCAAAUCAUACAGGAUUUUUAUACUCAGAUCAUGGCUGACUUUGACAUGGUUUUGAAGUUCUGGGGUCCAGUGGAGGCAGAUUAUACCAGCCAUGGAAACCUGGUUCUGACCCGUUUAUUCACUGAGCACCCAGACACUCAGAAGCUGUUCCCUAAGUUCGCUGGCAUCGCCCAGGCUGACCUGGCUGGUAAUGUAGCUGUUUCAGCUCAUGGUGCCACUGUGCUGAAGAAACUGGGAGAGCUGCUGAAGGCAAAAGGAAACCAUGCAGCUAUUCUCAAACCUCUGGCCAACAGCCAUGCCACUAAGCACAAGAUCGCCAUUAAUAAUUUCAGGCUGAUUUCUGAGGUGAUUGUCAAAGUCAUGGCAGAGAAAGCUGGUCUUGAUGCAGCUGGACAACAAGCUCUGAGGAAUGUGAUGGAGGUUGUCAUCACUGACAUCGAAGCCAACUACAAAGAGCUGGGCUUCAGUGGCUGAAGAUGAG